AUGGCUACCAGUGUUACAUCUGCAGACACCGGCUCCGAAGGCAAAAACAAAAAGCCCAUCGCCGAAUUCGAUGUGCUGGAAAAGGAUGUCGAUCAGCCCAUUGCUCCUGAUCAGUUUGAUGAGAAAUAUCGCACGACGAAAUUGGAGAUUUGGGCUUACUAUGCUUACUACAUAGGGAACAAUGGGUUGUCCCUGUUCAAUUUCGCUCCAACAGCAUUCCAGAACCUCCUAUAUCAAGCAGCAGGGGAUAGCGGCACACUGGUCUUCGCAGGGACACGACGCUCCAUCAAUAGCAUCGUACUUCUUAGCAACGGCAUCUCGUUCGCGAUCCAAGUUGUCGUCUUCCUGGUCAUCGGUAGCUUUGCGGACUUCGGUAACUGGCGUCCUGGGAUCCUCAUAGUUCUCUCCAUCAUCGCCUACGCCAUUGGGUUUGGCUGGCUCGGCGUCCACACAGAGGACAAAUGGCAUGCCGGCGUGGGAUUGUACAUGGUAGGCCUGAUAGCUUACCAGACCACCCUGACCUUCUGGACGGCAGCAUUCCCCGGUCUGGCACGGAAUACGACGGCGAUGAAAGAAAUGGCCGAUGCAUAUGCCGCGGGAAACAUCACUCGCGAGGAAUACGAUUACGCGGACACAAUGAAGCGCAGCCAGCUGUCCAAUAUCGCCUUCUAUGUCCAGUCUGUCGCGGAGAUAUUCAUCCUGGCCAUUAUCGUGGGGAUUAUGUUCGGUCUGGAUGUUAAUGCCAGCGAGGCUAACAAUAACUGGGGAUUGAGCGUACUGAUUGCUUUCGUUAGCGGCGUUUGGCUUCUUGUGUCAUUGCCGUGGUUUUUCAUAGAGAAGAGGCGGCCUGGACUGGAUCCUGGACGGAGAAAUAUCGUUGUUGCUGGGUGUUUGCAGCUUUAUUACGCUGUUACACAGAUUUGGCAUUUGAAGCAGAGUCUCGUUUAUCUUAUAGGAUACUUUCUUCUUGGAGACUCGUUGAAUACCACAGUCACCGUGAUCGGUACCUUGCAGAACAGCGUGGUGGCUUAUAACACGCUGCAAUUGACAUACCUCCUCAUCGUUGGUAUAGCAGCACAGGCAGUCGGAAUCUACGCCUUCUGGUUCAUCCAGCAACGCUUCAAGCUAGGCACAAAAACCAUGUUCAACGCCGUUGCAUUCUCCAUCAUCCUCCUGGACGGCUGGGGUAUGAUCGGGAUCUGGACCAACAGAUUUGGAUUCCACCACUUAUGGGAAAUAUGGCUCUACCAAGCCUUCUACGGCCUCUUCGUCUGCCCAUGGUACAGCUACUCCCAGAUUAUGAUCUCAGAAGUAACGCCGCGCGGUCACGAAUUCCUCUUCUUCAGUCUCUUCAGCAUCAUCGGGAAAACGUCCUCGUUUAUCGGGCCCAUUGUGUCCAGCGCUAUCAUUGAUGCUACCCCGUCAGGGAAUGUAAGUACACCGUUUUAUUUCCUGUUUGGGCUGAGUUUGCUUAGUUUUGGUAUUUUGGUUGUGGGGGUUGAUUUGAAGAAGAGCCAGGAGGAGCAGGAGAGGUUUCUGGUGAAGAAGACUGGGAGGGUGUCUGCGGUUUGA